UCCAUCUGCCGGUCGUGCCCCACAGGCUCAAUCGCAUCGAUCGGCGAAGAGGGAAAGCCUCGCUGGCCUUGAAGAGGUUAAUCAUCACCUUCACGACCCACUGAACGAGCCGCUGGGGCGACUUGCCGAGAUGUCGAAGAUCACCAGUUGGUUGCAGGUGUCAUCAGAUUCCUCGGCAUACCAAAAUGCAGAUAUCCUGCCGUUGCCUCCUGCGCGUCGGACAUGGAGUAAGAGGAUCUUCGUCUUCUUCUGGAUGGCUACCUCUAUCAACAUUGCAGAAUGGGGCGCCGGGUCCUCCAGUUUGGCACUAGGCCUGAGCGUUGGACAGGCGUUAGCAGUCCACGCUGUCACAACGGUUCUCGUCACAUUACUACUGGUCAUGAGCGGUCAUGGGGGUGGAAAGUGGCACAUCCCAUUUGUCUGCCGUAAUCAACCGUAGUUCUUGGGGGAUGUACGUCUUCUCAGCCGCUUGGCAGACUCCUCGCAGAAUUCGGUCUAGGAUCCUGACUGUC